AUGAUUAUCAAAGGAAUUCCAUAUUUCUACAUUUGCAACAAAGGCGAUCAAGUUCCGGCGGCGCUGAUACCAGAUAAAAUGGGAAAAUAUUACAAAGAGAAUUUUUUGGCCUCUCAGCCAGAAUUUUACAUGCAUAUGGUGCUGAUGGAAGACCUCGGCGGAGACCGCUUCGUCUGGCCUGAAGAACCGAAACAAAUCUGGGUGAAUAUGGAAAACAUAAAAAGACGACUUGAACCCCCGGAAUUUGUCGUUACUGACUCUGGAAUCCCCCUUUUCGCCGAGUUCCCCUCGAUAUCAGACUCCGACGGAGAGUCAUGA